AUGGAUCCAGGGAGCAAUGGUACAGAUGCUGGAGGUGAUAGAUCAGGACUCUCCAGUAUGGGAGGUGGAGAUAUAGAUGCCAUAUUAGGCAAGGUCACUCAGCAGGUGAUGGCUGAGAAGGCUAGGAGCAUAGGAGAGCAUGGCUGCAUGAUCGAGCAGUUUACGCGGAUGAAACCUCUUUCUUUCACUAGAGGACCUGACCUGAUUAUAGUUGAGAAUUGGGUUCAGGACGUUGAGGAGAUGUUAGAAGUGUUGGCAUGUACAGAUGAACAGAAAGUGGCAUUUGCAUCAUUUAAACUAACAGGAGAAGUAAAGCGCUGGUGGAGAUUAGCACGGUUAAUUGAGGAGCAAAGGCCAAAUCCAGUACCAGUAUCAAGGAGUAGGUUCAAGGAAUUAUUCUUCGAGCGAUAUUUCCUUGCUAUCGUUCGGAGCGCAAAGACAUCCGAAUUCCUACAUUUGGCUCAGGGGCAGAUGAUAGUGUCUCAAUAUGCUUCACGAUUUAUCGAGUUGUUACGUUUCAGCCCACACAUAGCACUAGAUGAAGAAAAGAAAGUAAGGAAGUUUGAAGAAGGCCUGAGGCAGAAUUUAUUUGAGCAAGUCAUUAGCUUUCGAGCUCAGAUGUUCAUGGAGGUGGUGGAUGGAGCUGCCAUUAUUGAGAGUGGUAUGCAGAGAGGUGCUGCAACUUAG